ACUACUUGUAUUCAUUGAAUCCUUAAACCUCCUGACUUGACCAGUCGGAUUUCCGCCUGCUGGGCGGAGCCAGAGGGACGCUGGCGCCACGCCCCCUUCCCCCAGCUUAGGCCGUUGCCGGGAGACCGACCCUUCCUCUCCAUCGCCUUCUGGGACGGUCAGAGCGGCCGGCGCCGCUCUAGCCCUCCCGCCGACGCGACGAUGGUCGCUCGUCCGCUCCCUCAGGCGCUCGUCCAGGGCCGCGUGACGUCAUCGGGAGGGGACCCAGGCGCGCGCGCGUGCGUGAUGGCGGCUCGGCGGCUACGGGCCACUUCGUCCUCCGGAGCGUCCGGCGAGUGAGGCGGCGGGGCGGCCGUGAGGGGGAGAAGCGGGUCGUCGUCGUGGUGGUCGUCGAGCGAAGAGCGACCCCCGGCCUCUCCGUCGGGGUCUCCGCGCCUUCGGGGCUCCCGGCGCCGGCCAUGGAGCGGCGGCGGCGGCGGCGGGGGGCGGCGGCCGGCCUGCCGGAGGGGCUGCCGUCUUCGCCGUGGCGGCGGCUGCUGCUGCUGCUGCUCCUGCUGGUGCCGCUGCUGGCGGCGCGGGGCGCGGAGUCGGCCUCGGCGGAAGGCAAGGCGUGCGAGAAGCCCUGCGCCAACGGAGGACGCUGCCAGCCCAGCACCGGCCAGUGCGAGUGCCAGCCCGGCUGGGUGGGCGACCAGUGCCAGCACUGCGGGGGGCGCUUCCGGCUUACCGGAUCUUCAGGAUACGUAACGGACGGGCCGGGAAAUUACAAAUACAAAACAAAAUGCACGUGGCUGAUAGAAGGAAAGCCCAACACGGUCUUGAGGCUCCGUUUUAAUCAUUUUGCAACAGAGUGCAGCUGGGACCACCUCUACGUCUACGAUGGGGACUCCAUCUACGCUCCUUUGCUGGCUGCUUUUAGCGGCCUGAUCAUUCCCGAACGGGACAGCAAUGAGACGGUCCCUGAAGUGGCCGCCAGCUCUGGCUACGCCCUUCUGCACUUCUUCAGCGACGCUGCGUACAACUUGACAGGCUUCAACAUCACCUACCACUUCAACGUCUGUCCCCAGAACUGCUCGGGCAGAGGGGAAUGUCGGCCCGUGAACGGCAGCCAAGCGGUUGAAUGUGAGUGUUGGGAACAUUGGAAAGGAGAGGCCUGCGAUAUUCCCAAUUGCCCGGAAGACUGCGGCUUUCCCGAAAGGGGUCAAUGCAGCGUGAACGGAACUCAGGGCUGCAUCUGUAACCCGGGCUGGCAAGGUGUUGACUGCUCGGUUCCUGUUCCAUCGAAUCGCUCCUUUUGGACCCGGGAUGAAUUCUACGUCCCCAAACUCCCGCGGGCAUCUCACAAAGCCGUGGUCCAAGACGAGGUCAUGUGGGUGAUCGGUGGCUACAUGUUCAAUCACACGGAUUCUCAGAUGGUCUUGGCGUAUAACCUGGAGUCCAGAGAGUGGAUGACCCUGGGUGAUUCUGCGAACACCGUGGGGAUCAGAUACGGCCAUUCGAUAGCCUUACACGAAAACAAAAUCUACAUGUAUGGAGGCAAGGUAGACGAGACCGGCAACGUAACGAAUCAGCUCUGGCUGUUCCACAUCUCCAACCAUUCCUGGGUUCCCCUGGUGCCAAAGGCCAAGGAGCAGUACGCUGUGGUGGGCCACUCGGCCCACAUCGUCACCCUGGAGGACGGCACGGUGGUGAUGCUGGUCCUCUUUGGCCACUGCCCUCUUUACGGCUACAUCAGCAGCGUGCAGGAGUACAAUCUAGCCACAAACACCUGGAGCAUUUUGCAAACCAGAGGAGCCUUGGUGCAAGGAGGAUAUGGCCACAGCAGUGUGUAUGACCCAUCCUCCGGGUCCAUCUAUACCCAUGGAGGUUACAAGGCUUUCAGCGCGAACAAAUAUAGGCUGACAGACGACCUGUACAAAUACGAAGUUCGUAAGUACAAGUGGACUAUUUUGAAAGAGAGCAGAUUCUCCCGGUAUCUGCAUUCGGCGUUGAUCAUCAGUGGGACCAUGCUGGUUUUCGGAGGCAACACCCACAACGACACCUCCAUGAGUCAGGGGGCGAAAUGCUUCUCUUCAGACUUCAUGGCUUAUGAUAUAGCUUGCGAUCGCUGGUCGGUGCUUCCUCCCCCCGAUCUCCCGCACGACAUCAACCGGUUUGGACACUCGGCUGUGCUGAGGAAUAACACCAUGUACCUCUUCGGAGGCUUCAACAGCCUGCUUUUGAGCGACCUCGUGAAAUACACGCCCGAAAGCUGCGAAGCGUACCUCACUAAGAUCUCCUGCUUAAAGGCGGGCCCUGGCGUCCGAUGUGUCUGGAAUGCCUCGGUUUCCCAGUGCCUCCCUUGGGAAGGGGCCCCUACACAGCAAGAACACAAAACAAAUGAAGAAUGUCCUUCUUCGCUGGCUGUGGAGCAGGAAAAAUGCGACCAGAUCACCGACUGCUACAGCUGCACAGCCAACACCAAGUGGUGCCACUGGUGCACGGACCAGUGCGUGUCCAAGAGCAGCAACUGCUCGGAAGACCAGACCCCCAUUGCCACCUUCGAAAGCUGCCCCAAGGACCACCCGGCCUUCUACUGCAACAAGAAGACCAGUUGCAAGAGCUGCAGUCUGGAUCAGAACUGCCAGUGGGAAGCCCGGAACCAGGAGUGCAUUGCUCUGCCCGAAAACAUCUGUGGGGCCACGUGGCACCUGGUGGGCAACUCCUGCCUGAGGAUCACCAACACAAAAGACAGCUACGACAAUGCCAAGCUGGCCUGCCGGAGUCACAACGCCGCUCUGGCCUCCCUCACCACGCAGAAGAAGGUGGAGUUCCUUCUGAAGGAGCUGCAGAAGACCCAGUCCACACCCAAAGCUUUGACACCCUGGGUCGGAUUGCGGAAGAUCAACGUCUCCUACUGGUGCUGGGAAGACAUGUCGCCCUUCACCAACACCCUGCUCCGGUGGCUUCCGGGGGAGCCCAGUGACAUCGGCUUCUGCAGUUACUUAGCCGAGGCCAGCAGCCAGGGCCUGAAGGCCGCCACCUGCAUCAACCUGGUCAACGGCAGCGUCUGCGAGCGGCCAGCCAACCACAGCGCCAAGCAGUGCCGCACCCCCUGCGGCCUGAGGGCGGCGUGCAGCGAGUGCACCAGCAGCAACUCCGAGUGCAUGUGGUGCAGCAACAAGAAGCAGUGCGUGGACUCCAACGCCUACGUGGCCUCCUUCCCUUACGGCCAGUGCCUGGAAUGGCACACCGUCAGCAGCUGCCCGCCUGAAAACUGCUCCGGCUACUUCACCUGCAGCCACUGCCUGGAGCAACCGGGCUGCGGCUGGUGCACGGAUCCCAGUAACACCGGCAAGGGCCGAUGCAUGGAAGGCUCUUCCAGGGCUCCCAUGAAGAUGCCGGCGGCCUCCCCGCCCUCAGCAGGGAAAGCCUACCCAGACCCGGUCCUGGACGCCAGCCUGUGCCUGACGGAGGCCAAAUAUAACUGGUCCUUCAUCCAGUGUCCAGCCUGCCAGUGUAACGGGCACAGCAAAUGUAUCAACGAGAGCAUCUGCGAGCGGUGUGAAAACCUGACGACCGGCAGGCACUGUGAGACGUGCAUCUCCGGUUACUAUGGAGACCCCACCAACGGAGGGACCUGCCAGCCCUGCAAGUGCAACGGCCACGCCUCCGUCUGCAACGCCAACACCGGGAAGUGCUUCUGCACCACCAAAGGGAUCAAAGGAGAGGAGUGCCAGCUGUGUGAAGUCGAGAAUCGAUACCAGGGUAACCCUCUCAAAGGAACCUGCUACUACACCCUCCUGAUUGACUAUCAGUUCACCUUCAGUCUGUCCCAGGAAGACGACCGCUAUUACAUGGCCAUCAAUUUUGUGGCGACCCCGGAAGAGCCAAACCGAGACCUGGAUAUGUUCAUCAACGCUUCGAAAAACUUCAACCUUAACAUCACCUGGUCGACCAGCUUUGCAGCCGGUACGCAGGCUGGAGAGGAGAUCCCCGUGGUUUCGAAAAACCAGGUCAAGGAAUAUAAGGACAGCUUCUCCAACGAGAAAUUUGAUUUCCGCAACAACCCGAACAUCACGUUCUUCGUCUACGUCAGCAACUUCAGCUGGCCCAUAAAAAUACAGAUUGCAUUUUCACAGCACAGUAACUUUAUGGAUCUGGUGCAAUUCUUUGUCACCUUUUUCAGCUGCUUCUUGUCUCUGCUCCUGGUGGCUGCCGUGGUUUGGAAGAUUAAGCAAAGCUGCUGGGCCUCACGGAGGAGAGAGCAAUUGCUUCGGGAGAUGCAACAGAUGGCCAGCCGCCCCUUUGCUUCCAUCAACGUUGCCUUAGAAACGGACGAAGCGCCCCCGGACCUCAUCGGAGGCAGCAUUAAGAUGGUUCCCAAACCCAUCACCCUGGAGCCCUGUUUUGGCAACAAGGCAGCGGUGCUCUCCGUCUUUGUGAGGUUGCCAAGAGGCCUGGGUGGGAUCCCGCCACCUGGGCAAUCAGGUCUGGCCGUCGCCAGCGCUUUGGUGGACAUUUCACAACAGAUGCCUAUUACCUACAAAGACAAGUCGGGAGUGGUACGAAACAGGAAACAGCAACCUCCAGCUCAGCCCGGAACCUGUAUUUGAUGCAUGGACAUCAGAACUGCCUCUUUAGGAUUUUAAACCCAAGGUUAGCCCUCUGAGAAGGACCGCCAUUUUUGUUUCAAAAGGCCAUGGGUGCAGAGGGAGGCCUCAAAACUCUUGAGAACACCCAACGCUUCCUCUUGAGGUCGGCGCUGCCUCGGUUGACUCCGUUCGGCACCUGCUCCAUCUUAGAUCAGCCAAUCCCCUUAAUGCUGGACAGCUCCCACGUUUUCCCGGUUGCUCCCCCUUCCUUGGUUUUAGACCUCCCGCGGCAUGUCCUUCAGCAGACCUCUCCACCACCAACCAAGGUUGGCCUCAGCCUGGAAGACGCCUCCGAAGACCGAUCGACGGAACGUAACUUUUUCCUCCGGGUUGAACGAGCAUCGCCAAUCCUGCUCAUUUUCUGCCCUCGGUCGCUAGACGCCACGAUUUCAGAAGAAGCCGAUAGACCCAAGGUUCCUAUUUAUUUCUCUGGAGAGCAGGCCUUGCCUUGCGUCGAUGGGGGUAGUAGCGUUAUUUUUCUCCAAGUCAAGGUAUUAAAAUUUGGGGGGGAGCAACGGCGUACGGUUGAACUCUACCCCUUGUUUCCCUUUUUUUUUAAAAAAAAAAAAAAACCCUCUUUUUCCGGGGGGUAUUUCUUCCCCGUCCUGAUGUGGGCCUGUGUAGUGACGGACAUCUUUACCCGCUUCCUACGGUUUUAAAUAGAUCUAGGAAGUAAGGGAUGAGUACAGUCACGUUUUGUACAUGCUCUGUCUUCUCCCUCCGCCGUGUUUGUUUUUUUAACGCCGCUAACUGGAUUCCGGGCGACAGGACCGCAGCGAUGUCCAUGCGAGAGACAUUACGGCAACGCCAAAGCGGAGCCGGUGGGCGGACGGCACGCCUUGUAUGUUCUCUCCGCGGUAGCAAGUUCAGUGACUUUUCCCUGUUUGGCAAUUCCUGCCUCUUCGUCUCUUUAGGCCCAUUUCUACCUGGCAGAGGUUCAAGGCUGAAAUGGCUCCCGGUGGGCCGAAGGUCCCCAAGUCCUUUACGCAAACAAACACACACACACAACGCACCCAGAACGACACGCUUAUGUACAAUACAGGACCAGGGUAAUGUCCCCGAGGAAGGACCGAGAGUUGGGGUGCAGCUCAGCUUCCUGACUGGCACCUCAAGAAAUGCAGACACUAUUCCCCAAGGCCCAAGGGAUCCUCAGCCCCCUUUGGAUGAUCCGGGUGUGGGUCCCUACUAAAAAACUAGUUGAAAACUAGACCAUCUCCCCUUUCUUUUUGGUUCAUCGGCCCGGAUGUAGCGGCCUCCUUGUCUACUAGAGACAGAGAUCGGUCAAUUAUUUACAAGCAAGAGAGUCCAGAAUCAAGAAAUGCUGGUUUUGUUUAGGAUGCUAGUUAUCAGUAGUUGACGCAUCAAAGGUCAUGGAAAGGGCUAGUUUUUUUCUUGCAGUUACAGCUUCCAAAAACAGGGUGGGAGAGGUUGCCCCAGCCCGUCCCACCCCACCGGUGUGGCAUGCCCCCUCCACUCCAGCAGCCGUGGAUGCUGAUGCUACACAGACCGAAGAGAUAACUUGCAAAUCCGACAGGCAGCUGUGAGCAAACAUUGGUGGCCCUAUCGCUGCCGUGGCAUGUUUGCGCCAAGCUCUCCCCCUCUCUCUCUCUCUCGCUCUCUCUCUCUCCCCCUCUCUCGCCAUGCAUGCAUGCACGCAAACACGCACGCCGUGAGAACCGGCUCUCGCGCUUCGUUGCCCUCUGCAGCAAAGCACGGCCCUCCGCGGGCCGCGUCGAAGAGCGAGGCAGAAUCGACCGUAUCAAAUUGCUCGGCCGUGGCAAAUCUUUACGGGCUCGAGGUUAGCGCCAUCGUUCCGCCCUUCCCAAACGCAGCACUGUAUAAUAUGUGGUGUUUUUUUUUUUUAAGAAAAAAAAAAGUUGGAAAUUUUGGUGAAGGAAGGCCGGGGGUGGGACGACACAACAGGAUUCUCGGGCUGUUUCACCGUCACCAAACCGUUUCCGUCUCCUGAUCCGCGAGUGACAAAACACGUCUUUAGUGUUUUGUCACUCGCCGUCUUGCAUACGCCGUCUUGCAUACGGCCGAAUCUGUACGCACGGACUCUCGCAGAACUGGAACAAAUGUAUAAUUAAAAUUGGUCACUCACCCACCCACCCUUUUUUUUUCCUCCCCUAAAGCUUUGAAUCCGACGAAUUAUCCACCGGAAAGCUGAAAAUACACAGUGGGAUUAGAUCUCCAAUGGCUGAGUGGUUGAUAUGAAGCCGGGGUGGGUCCGUUUCUGCUCGGUCUCCCAGUAGGAACCAGUUUGCUGCUCCAUCGGUUGUCCCAGAAGCUCAAAUCCCAGGUUUCUAGGAGAGACGAUCCAAAUGUCCCUUGCGACAGCCGGGAUACUUUUCUGUGCACAUUGGAGGGGUGAGAAAUCAUUGUAUUUCUUUCGUUCCUGUCCUCGGAUUUGGAGGCGGGUUGGGAAAAAAUCCAGCCUCAAGCAGAACUGAUUUUCGGAGAGCCCCAAAUGGUGCUCUUCUUUUGCUGGAAGAAAAUGUCAACGGGGUGGAGAAAAGACAAUGUUCCCCCAAAUGGUUAGGCUUGCACACAGAACCGAAAACACGGCAGGGUCAGGCGUCCAUCCGUUCAGAGCAGAGACCGCAAUCGUCUCGGUGGUGACCCAGGGACCGUUGAAAUUCAAUUCCAGCUAAAUUGCCCACUUAAAUUGGAAAGAGGCCUCCGGUUGAGUCAGCACCUCCGAUGCACUUAUCCCCCCCCCCCCCGCGAGGUGUUUCCCCAACCCCCAGAGAGCAAGGAAGGUGUCUUUUCUUAAACUUACAAGCACUUCCCCCUGGUUUAAAAAGAAGGUGGGGG